GCGCCUCGCCGAUCACGCGCUGAACGGGACAGGGGGCAGCGGAUGGAAGCAGGAGGAGGCCGAGGCGCCGUCGUCGUUGCAGCGGAGGGACCCGAGGGGGAGGACCCGCCGAUCUGCUGCGAGGUGCGCGUUCUCUGAGCUGGUGGACAUGGAGAGGGAGGUCGUCCAAGUGGAGGAGGAGGACGAAGAGGAGGUGGCGUGCGAGUGCUGCGGCUUCACGGAGGAGUGCACGGCGCCGUACAUCGCGGGGGUGCGCGCGCGGUACGGGGGCCGGUGGAUCUGCGGCCUGUGCGGGGACGCCGUCGGCGAGGAGCUCGGCCGCGCGUCCCCGCCCAUCUCCCCCGCCGAGGCGCUCGACCGCCACGCCUGCGUCUGCCGCCGGGCGUCCGCGCCGCCGUCCCCCGCUGGGAGCCCCGACGACCUCAUCGCCGCGCUGCGCCUGCUCCUGCGCCGCAGGCUGGGGUCGCCGGCGCCGCUGCCGGCCCCGAGGAGGGUGCGCUCCACGCCCAGCAGCCCCGGGCGCGACCACCCGCUCCCCAUCGCCGCCUCCGUCGCCACCGCCAGGGGCGCCGGGAGCUCGCUCGCAAGGACGGGGAGCUGCUUCGCCGCGCUCGUGGAAUGAUGAUUGAUGAACGCUAAGAAGAACGGAAGAUGCCGAGGAGAGAAAUAAAAAACAUCAAGGAAUGGUGGUAGUCUCUCGUAGCUUGCUUGCCUUUGUUUUUACAUCGCACUGUAAAUUUCCACCAUGCUUUUACCUUUCUCAUUACCGCUUCUUGCUUGCUUCUCUAGCUACUAGCAGUUUAAGUUAGUGGAAUCCAAGAUCAACAAUAAACAUGUGUACAUAUGGGGAAGAGCGACGAACUAUAUAUGAGAAAUGGAAGUAAUUCCAUGUUUUUCUCAGGUACUAAUAACUGAAUGCACAUUCCCGCUUCUUCUUC